UUUUCUCAGCCGCACUUACGGAGUUCCAGAGCCGAAGCAGCGCAGGACUACCCGUCCUCCGAGGGGCUCUUUGUGGGACCGGGUCUCAGUGUCGCCAGGCGGAUUGGUCCGACUCCCCCAACAUGCGGGCUGCACGCCCACAAGGAGAGCAGGGUUGCCCUGCUCAGGGGGCUAACUGCUGAGCAUGCUGGGUAAAGCGCCACCAACUACGAGUAGCCUCAACCUGGUGAACUCCGAGGUGUCCGCCGCCGCCGCCCCGGACGAGCACGACGGCAUCACGAUGGCCGACCUUGUGGAGAGCCUGGAUACCAGGGAGCUGGACAUGGGGGAGGCAGAGGACAACGACUACGAUGGAAACUUGGGGGACUGUCGCCUCCCGUUUUCAGCGGUGUACGCCACAGUGGGCUUCAAGGAGGCCAACGCCAAGGUCUACCUUCCCACUGUGCCCAUUACGGCCCGGAUACUGGAGGUGGAGAGGUUCACCACCGCACAGGACCGCUUCAACCUGUCGCACCAGAGGAGCGUCAACAAGUCUCUGCCAGCAGUGUUUAAGAUAGAGCUGAAGCACGGGGAGUUCACCUGGGUGGUGAAGAGGAAGGAGAAACAUUUCAUGGAGCUGCAUAGAGAGCUGAGGACGUACAAGACCUUCAUGAGGAUACCGCUGCCGUCACGCAGCCACACGGUGAGGAGGAGGACGGUGAGGAAGAGCGAGGUCAGGGAGAUGCCCUCCCUGCCGAGGGGGGGAGGGGACGAGCUGGUGCGCGACGAGCAGGUCUCCAGCAGGAGGAGACAACUAGAAGACUAUUUGAACAAGCUGCUGAGGAUGGCCAUGUACCGCAAAUAUCACCACACUAUGGAGUUCAUCGACAUCAGCCAGCUGUCUUUCAUUCACGACCUGGGCCCCAAAGGACUAGAAGGGAUGAUCUAUAAGCGCUCAGGAGGACAUCGCAUCCCCGGCAUGAACUGCUGCGGUCACAGCCAGGCCUGCUACCGCUGGUCCAAACGCUGGCUGGUGGUGAAGGACUCGUGCCUGCUGUACAUGAAGCCGGACUCGGGGGCCAUCUCCUUCGUCCUCCUGCUGGAUAAAGAGUUCAGCAUCAAGAUGGACUCCAAAGACACGGAGACCAAACACGGAGUCCGGAUUGACAGCCUCUCCAGGACGCUGGUGUUCAAGUGCAGCAGCUACCGACACGCCCGCUGGUGGGGUCAGAGCGUCGAGAGCUUCGUGAGGAACCACGGGAAGCCGUUCCUCCGAGAUCACCGCUGCGGGUCCUUUGCACAGGAGCAGGAGAACAUCGCCUCCAAAUGGUACGUGAACGGGAAGACGUACAUGGAGGACGUGGCGGACGCUCUGGAGGAGGCCAAAGAGGAAAUCUUCAUCACUGACUGGUGGCUGAGUCCAGAGAUCUUCCUGAAGAGACCUGUGAUGGAGGGCAACAGGUGGAGGCUCGACUGCACCCUGAAACGCAAAGCACAACAGGGAGUGCGUAUCUUUGUGAUGUUGUACAAGGAGGUGGAGCUCGCCCUGGGCAUCAACUCGGGCUACAGCAAGAGGACCCUCUCACACCUGCACCCCAACAUCAAGGUGAUGCGCCAUCCCGACCACGUCUCCUCCUCCGUCUACCUGUGGGCGCAUCACGAGAAGAUCGUCGUCGUCGACCAAUCGGUGGCCUUCGUGGGCGGGAUAGACCUGGCGUACGGUCGCUGGGACGACCGGGAGCACCGGUUGACGGACGUCGGCAGCGUGACGCGCUCCGUGGCCCUCGAGCAGGCCGGCGCCACCAGCACUCCGUCCAGUAAAGGCGUGGCCUCCGUCGACGGCGUCUCCGAGAGCAACGGACGGGGGACGGCGCCCGGCGAUCCGGCGGACUUGCCCAAGCUGAAGGGGAUCGGACGCAGCCGGAAGGCUCGCUUCAGUCUGUACAGACACCUGCACAAGCACGGCCUGCAGCACGCCGACAGCGUCAGCAGCGUCGACAGCGCAGGGAGUGGUUCAGUGCAAAGCCUCAAGACGGGUGUUGGAGAGUUACAGGGAAACACGCGCUUCUGGCAUGGAAAAGACUACUGCAACUUUGUCUACAAGGACUGGAUCCAGUUGGAGAAACCUUUUGAUGACUUCAUCGACAGGUACACCACUCCCAGAAUGCCUUGGCACGACAUCGCCUCGGCGGUUCACGGCAGAGCUGCGCGGGACGUGGCCCGCCACUUCAUCCAGCGCUGGAACUUCACGAAGAUCAUGAAGCCAAAGUAUCGCUCUCUGUCGUAUCCGUUCCUGCUGCCCAAGUCUCACUCCAGCGCCAACGACCUCCGAUACCAAGUCCCCGACUGUGUCAACGCCAAAGUGCAGGUGUUGCGGUCGGCGGCGGACUGGUCGGCAGGUAUAAAGUACCACGAGGAGUCCAUCCACAGUGCCUACAUCCAGGUCAUCGCCAAGAGCAAGCACUACAUCUACAUCGAGAACCAGUUCUUCAUCAGCUGUGCCGACAACAGGACGGUCUACAACAAGAUCGGAGACGCCAUCAUCGAAAGGAUCCUCCGAGCUUACAAGGAGGGGAGGAAGUACCGCGUGUACGUGGUCACCCCGCUGCUACCCGGCUUCGAGGGCGACAUCACCACGGGAGGAGGGAACGCCCUGCAGGCCGUCAUGCACUUCAACUACAGGACCAUGAUCAGAGGAGAGUACUCGAUCAUCUCCCAGCUGAAAAAGGAGAUGGACGACCAUUGGAUGAACUACAUCUCCUUUGCCGGACUGCGGACUCACACUGAGCUGGAGGGUCGGCUGGUCACGGAGCUCAUCUACGUGCACAGCAAGAUGCUCAUCGCCGACGACAACACGGUCAUCAUCGGUUCCGCGAACAUCAACGACAGGAGCAUGCUGGGUAAACGCGACAGCGAGGUGGCGGUGAUCGUCGAGGACUCCGAGAAGGUCGCCUCCGUGAUGGACGGACAGGCGUACGAAGCUGGACCCUACGCUCUUCAGCUCCGCCUCGAGUGCUUCCGCACCAUCCUCGGAGGUCACAACGACACCAGUAUCGACAUGUCCGACCCCGUCGGCGACCGCUUCUACAAGGAGGUGUGGAUGACGACCGCCGGCCGCAACGCCACCAUCUACGAGAAGGUGUUUCGUUGCCUUCCUUCGUCGCUGGUGAGGAACAUGUCCGAGCUGGAGCAGUACCAGUCCAAACCGGGUUUGGCCCAGACCGACCUGGGCCGCGCUCAGGAGGAGCUGCGCAAAAUCCGAGGCUUCCUGGUCCAGUUUCCUCUGGACUUCCUGUCCGAGGAGAACCUCAUGCCCUCCGUUGGAACGAAGGAGGCCAUGGUCCCAACGGAGAUCUGGACAUAGAAAGGACUUAGUGCAUGUCGGACAUUUAUUUUCCGGAUCGUGGUCGUCAUCGAAAGCGAGAUUGCCUGCAAUCCGAACAACGAGAGUCUACAAAGAAACCUCUCGAAUGUUGAACUGAAAAAGGAGAAGAAGAAAAACAAGACACUAAAACGUAGUCCCAGUUUAUUUAGGUCGGCAUUAACACCUUUUUUGGGACGUGUGAAGAACAAAACGACAUUGCGCAAUGUUUAAUGACUGCAUUCAUCCAACACCGUGGAGGUGAGAAUCGGGCAUG